AUGUCGAGGAUCCUUCCAGAUCAGCAUUCCCGGCGGUAUCGCUCCCGUGGAUCCCUCAUGUUGCGCACUGAGAUGGGUGAGAUCAAGGACAUUCCAGACGACAAGACACACGCCCCCCCCCCAGCCCCUCCAAGAGAUGCAAAGGGUGGCUCGGACGCAGCUUCCGUUCUUGGUGUAACCAGCAUCGGCUCGGCCGCUGGCCAGGUGGACCAGGAGGCUGAAGAUCGUGAGGCGGCGGAGCUCGGCUUGAAGCCGAAACCAGCAGAGGCCACAGCCAAGGCUGCUGGCAAAAAGCGGAGGAAGACAGCAGAGGAAGUGAUGCAAGAUGAGGUUGUCAAAUUGGAACAAGAAUUCGAUCAACUCAUCGCGCAGCUCCCUACUUUCCUUGACAGCAAAAGCUUCGGACAGGAUUUGGGCAAGACCGACCGGAAUCUCCAGCGCAAACUGAAGGAGGCCAAUGACCACCACUUGUACGAGGUGCAGAACAAAAUCAAAGACAAGGCGGCUAUGCUCGAGGCGAUUCGUUCUGCGACAAAGGCGGCCAAGGCUUUCUUGUCCUCAGCACUUGGGGGGUCAAAGAAGCAAACUCUUUGUAAAGAGUUCAUCACCCACAUGUCCCAGCUGAAGAGCCUCAUGCCAGAAGCUGUCAAAGCGAUGCCCAACGCAGUGCGGAUCUCGUUUGCGGAGGCCGUGAUCGCCGAGCACAUCGAGAAACAGAAUUGGGAUGAGGUUGCAGAAGCCGUCUCCGAAGAGGCCUUGGCAGGCAUCGGUCAGGACUUCAUCUCGAAGGUAAGCAGCAAGGCAGUGGAGCGUGCCGUGGGAACAAUAUUGAGUUCGCAUGAAGGCGACCUCACACAAGAGCAGAAUGAUGAGGAGCAGUUGGUGGCUAAUGCUGCCAAGGAUGUGGCCAGGUGCAUCAACAAGAUCGUGCAAAGGGAGCAUGAAGAGCUGCGGGAGCCCAGCCUACACGUGGCUAGCAUUUGCCUUCUCGAUCCACCACGUUCAACAACGUUGGAUGCAUGCUUGUGUGCAGUGACGAGCAAUCCAGAUGACCUGUUGUACAGGGUGAUUCACUCCAACUCCAUGGGGCUGAAGAUCUUGCAAAGGGCUCACAGUAAGAAUGACCAGUUGAAAGCCACAGCAGAUGCAGUGACGUCAUUGAUCGAAUGCCAAGGCCAGCUUGACAAGGCUCUUGCAGACCUGGCACCGUUUCUUGCCAAUGCAGAGAUCGAAGUCGAUGAUGAGAACUUCAAUCAAAUCCUCGCGUCCUGUGAGCAGUUGUGCCGAACGUUCCAUGCAGCAGCAGGGGCAGUUUCUGUUCCGGACCCCGCCCGCGACAGCAUCUGUCGCUUCAGCAAUGAGUUGUUGAGCUCGUGCAUAGGUCGCAUCAUCCAAUUCUUCGAAACUCCUUUGAGCUCCCUGAGCAAGGGUGGCCCAUUGUGUUUGACACAGGAGAAGUGGCUGUGGAGCCGGACGUUUGCAAGGAAGGUUGCAGGCUUCUUGGCUGACAGUGGGCCAGGGCCUGUCCUAUCUUCCAUGAAGGAGGCAGGCUGCGUUCUGCCACCUGAUCUCCUGAACAACUGUUCCCGGCUGGACAAUCUCCUGGACAUGGCCUGGGACUCAGUGGAGAUCAUCGAGGUUUUCUACAAUUUGAUGAACCAAUCCAUAGAAGGGGCAGCGAUGCCUACAGAGGGUUGGACCGUGGAUGCGUGGCAAGCUUUGUUCUCAAACUCGGACGCUGGCUGCAUGUAUCAAAAUUGCUCGAGGCCAAGCUUCCUGGGGAGUGUCAAGAUGUUCUGCAACAAGACAAGCGAGAAGCUGGACGAGAUCUCGUGCCAUGCUGUGCAAGCAGGACUUAAGGAUGGGACCGUCUUUAUGGAAUUGGUAAAGAAGGUGAGGACCAAGUGUCUCCCCGGGUUGUGGUCCGUUCUGUCCGCAGCUUUCACUUCGGACCUGAUUGUCCAGUCGGAAAUCUACAAGAGCCUGAAGCUUGAAGACAGCGUGAUGCUGCCUGUGGACAGCAAGGGCGUGGAUUGGAGCAUCCUGAAAGGAACAGGUUCAUCAUCGGGUUUCCUUUUCGACAGCUUGGUCUCGCUAGCCGCAGUCCUCGGGAAGCCUGAUGAGAUGAAGGAGCUGCAGGUUCUGCACGUGCGAAACCAAGUGUUGCUGAAGGCUUCCGUUGUCAUGUGGACUUUGCGGGAGACGAAUCUCUCCGAAGACACCGUGGUUCCGCCGAUUCAGGUGGAAGGCUUCCAGCGCAUCUUGGGCACUGCAUCAGCUUUGUUGAAAGCUUACGAAACAGCGAAGGCAUGCGACUCUUUGGACGAGAACAUCAAGAAGGGUAUGAUCACUUGGAUGUGCUUUAUGGCAGAGCAGAUUUUCGAAGCUGCUUAA